GCGAGCGAGCGAGAAACGUUGGGAGUUUCGCCCGGGUUCUCAUGGCUGGGCCGGUCGUUUCCUUCCUUCCCCGGCGUGGGUUUCCUCGUUUCUUGCUGCUGUUGCCUCCGCUGCUAUUGCCGCUGCUCAUCUUCCUCCUGCUCCCCUCAUGGGGCCGGGGUGGUCGCUACGACCCGACGUGGGAGUCUCUGGACUCCCGGCCGCUUCCGCCCUGGUUCGAUGAAGCCAAGUUUGGGAUUUUCAUCCACUGGGGUGUUUUUUCCGUGCCAAGCUUCGGCAGCGAGUGGUUUUGGUGGUAUUGGCAACAGAAAAAGAAGGAACCUUAUGUAACUUUUAUGAAGGAAAACUACCAACCUGGAUUCACUUAUGAAGAGUUUGGCCCUAUGUUUACAGCUGAGUUCUUUGAUGCCAACCAGUGGGCAGAUAUUCUGAGUGCUUCAGGUGCCAAAUACAUUGUCUUGACUUCAAAACAUCAUGAAGGUUUUACUCUGUGGGGGUCAAAAUAUUCCUGGAAUUGGAACAGUGUUGAUAUGGGACCGAAACGGGACCUCGUGAAGGAGUUAGCUACAUCCAUUAGAAACCGGACAAGCUUACAUUUUGGGCUAUAUCACUCACUGUUUGAAUGGUUCCACCCUCUCUUCCGUGAUGAUGCUGCUAGCAAAUUUAAGAAACAACAGUUUCCAAAUGUCAAAACUCUUCCAGAGCUUUAUGAGAUUGUGACGCGAUAUCAACCAGAGAUUCUGUGGUCAGAUGGCGAUGGGAAUGCUCCAGAUACUUACUGGAACAGCACUGCCUUCCUAGCAUGGCUUUAUAAUGACAGCCCUGUUAAGGAAACAGUUGUAACAAAUGAUCGCUGGGGAGCUGGCACAAUAUGCAAACACGGAGGUUAUUUCACUUGUGCAGAUCGAUACAGUCCUAAACAUCUUUUGUCCCAUAAGUGGGAGAACUGUAUGACAAUUGACAAAAAGUCUUGGGGAUACCGAAGGAAUGCACAAUUAAGUGAUUAUCUGACUAUUGAAGAUCUCAUAAAGCAACUUGUAGAGACAGUAGCAUGUGGAGGAAAUCUUUUGAUGAAUAUUGGGCCCACCCAUGAUGGCCGCAUUCCUAUUGUAUUUGAAGAGCGUCUGAAGCAAAUGGGGAGUUGGUUGGCAUUGAAUGGUGAAGCUAUUUUCAGCACAAAAACUUGGAGAGCCCAAAAUGAUAGUAUAACACCAGGAGUCUGGUACACAUUCAAACCAGAAAACAGCAUUCUGUAUGCCAUUUUCCUUAAGUGGCCAUCUUCAGGAACUCUGACACUGGGUGAACCAAAAGCUAUUCUUGGGCAAACAAAGGUGAGGCUAAUAGGAUAUGAAGAAUCAUUGCCCUGGAUUUUGAUGGGAGAAAAAGGAAUGAUGGUGGCUGCACCUCUGUUAUCUUUCAAUACAUUUCCCUGUCAGUGGGCCUGGACUCUAGAACUUACUAAUGCACAAUAGUGACAGAAUCUUGCUCUGCUGAAUUUUGGUAACUGAAGAAAUAAGGAUAGAUUUAAAAUAGAAAAUAAUUCAUGCACUUAAUACUUUUAAAGCAAAGUUGAUGGAAGGAUGCAUAUAGCAAUCACAAAAACUGAAUAGGAUACAUGAAAUAAAUUGAUAUUCAUUGAAUGCUGAGGUAUUGAAAUGAUAGAUGUAACAGAAGUGUUGAAGUUUAUGAUGUUAAAUAUAGCUGUUAAUACAAUCUUGCUUUUGUGAAACAGAAUUCAGGGAAGGGAGUUUCAGAAUUGUUUUAAAAUGGGAGCUUUAAUCUUUCCCCCAACAAUAUGCUUUUACUGUGAACUAUUUUGACUACCUCAUAGGAUUCCAAAGAGGUUAGAAAAUUUUCUACUGGCACUUAGAUCCUAGUUUUGAGGAGAUAAAAGUGAUCUAGUGUUCUGUAUUUGUUCUUAGAGGUACUAGAUAACAAACAAUUUUAAAAGUUAUAGUAUAUAUGUUUAAAGCCCUGCAUGGGAUGAGUGCAGGCUACUUGGACCGCCCUAAUGGGACUGGCCCGCUUCACCCACGCCAGCAGAAGGAAUAUACUACAGGGUAUACUACGGAUCCCAGCAGCCAAAGCCAUGGCUCCUGCCCU